AUCAAUGUUAGGAGGAAAAUAACCCGACUGUUUCGGUUCAGCAUUUGGAUUAUAUAUUUAUAAUUAAAUCUUGUGCUUGGAACAUUUUACGGAUUACCCGAGGAGAGGCCUGGUUUUGGACAUUGACUGAGCGCGGAACAAUGGCGUACCGACCGAGGUUUUCCUUCACUGUGUUUGUGUGCAUGUUUACGAAAUGUGCACCUGGCCUAAUUUCCGGGCAAAUGCGUUAUUCUAUUCCCGAGGAAAUGGAGCAGGGAGCAUUUGUUGGGAAUAUCGCCGAGGAUUUGGGGCUUAAUGUGUGGCAAUUGUCUGCUCGCAAAUUACGACUGAAGUCUGAUAAUGGCGGACGGUACCUGAAGGUUAAUUUGGAGAAUGGAAUAUUGUCUCUUCGUGAAAGAAUCGACAGGGAACGUAUUUGUGGACCGGACGAUAAGUGUACUAUAUCUUUCGAAACAAUACUGGAAAAUCCUUCCGCGGUGCAUCGCGGAAAAAUCGAGAUUUUUGAUGUAAAUGACAAUGCGCCCACUUUCCCGCACAGCAGCAUUGUCCUCCAGAUAUCGGAAGCGAGCGCACCCGGUGUACGUUUCCGUCUCGAGAGCGCAGAAGAUGCUGACAUUGGAAUAAAUACCGUGGCCGCCUACACAAUCAGUUCCAGUGCGUUCUUUAGUCUAAAAACACAUAACACCGAUGACGGGUUUAUAAUCGCCGAAUUGCUGUUGGAGAAAUCCUUGGACCGAGAGAUACAAUCAUCAUUUCAACUCUUGUUUACUGCGACUGACGGUGGGACCACUCAGAGAUCAGGCACAACUCAGAUUCUCAUUACUGUAUUGGACUUCAAUGAUAAUCAGCCUCUGUUCGAUCGUGAUAUUUACAGGGGAAGCGUAAGCGAGAACUCCACCAAAGGUACCUCAGUGAUGAAAGUCAAAGCAAAUGAUAUGGAUGAAGGACAGAAUGCUAAGAUAACAUAUUUGUUUAGUGAUCUUGCCAUGCGAAAAGCUCGUAAUUUGUUUCGUUUAGACCCAGAUACCGGGGAGAUUCGCAUUGAAGGGCCCUUGGAUUUUGAACAAGCAAACGGCUAUGCUCUAGAUGUUAAAGCUGUGGACCACGGCUCGCCUGCAAUGACUGGGCACUCCAAAGUGCUGAUCAAAGUAAUUGAUGUGAACGAUAAUACACCCGAGGUAGAGGUGACGUCAGCUUCCAACCAAAUCCCGGAAAAUGCUCCGCCAGGAACUUUCGUAACGUUGAUCAGUGUUAUGGAUCGAGAUUCUGGAGAGAACGGCCAAGUCCGCUGCCAGAUCCCAAAUAACAUUCCAUUUAAACUAGAAUCAGCGACGGAUCAUUACACAUUAAUUACCAGUGAAAUGUUUGAUCGUGAAGUGAUAUCUGUGUAUAACAUACAUAUUUCAGCUUGGGACGAGGGGUCGCCAUCGCUGUCCGCAAAUAUAACCAUUGAGAUUAUAAUUUCAGACGUUAAUGAUAACACUCCACGGUUUGCUGAAUCUUCCUACAACAUUUAUGUCAUGGAAAAUAAUGCUCCGGGUGCGUCCAUUUUCACGGUAACUGCAACGGAUCCUGAUCUGGAGCAGAAUUCCUAUGUUUCCUACGCUUUUCUGGAGAAUCAAGUCAAAAACUUGCCAGUGUCCACUUACCUGACCAUUAACUCAAUGAACGGUACAAUUUAUGCGCUGCGAUCGUUUGACUAUGAGAAUCUCAAAAACUUCCAGAUACACGUUCAAGCCCGUGACGCUGGGGUGCCUCCGCUGAGUAGCAGCGCCAUGGUGAAUGUGAUCGUCCUGGAUCAAAAUGACAACGCGCCGGUAAUUAUUUCACCUUCUGAACAAGGUGGUUCAGAAACAGAGGAGUUCGCGCCCCGGUCAGCGGGUCAAGGGUAUUUGGUCGCCAAGAUAAUGGCAACUGAUGCAGAUUCUGGUCAGAAUGCACGGCUCUUUUAUCAGAUGGUGAAAUCUACCGAUCCCACUUUGUUCAACGUUGGGCAAAAUUCCGGUGAAAUUAGAACAGCGCGCAAUAUUUUGCAGUCAGAUACGACCACACAAACUCUGGUCAUCUUGGUUAAGGACAAUGGGCAGCCAAGCCUCUCCAGCGCCGUUACAAUGAACAUUAGAGUUUUGGAGAACAGCACUGAAGCAAUGUCCGAAAGCAGUGCCUUGGUGAAAGAUCCGAGGUUUUUUACUGAUCCAAAUGUUUAUUUAAUCGUCAGUUUCAGUUGCACGUCCGCUGUCUUUCUUCUGAUCAUCGUUCUGUUGAUUGGCAUCAAAUGUAAACAGGACAGAAGUAUUAUCCAAGGAUAUAACUCCCCCAGGUAUUGUUACAAUCGUGGAGAUGCGCUGGGUACGUUUAAUGGAAGAACCGUCAUGGAGGAAACUUUACGCUAUCCUGGGACAAGCCGGGUAGCCCGCGUGCCGGAGUCGCAUCAGUACUCUGUAUGUCUGUCUCCAGAGUCAGCUAAAAGCGAUUUUCUCUUCUUGAAGCCAUGCGGAGCUCCUCUCUCCCAGGCUCAAUGAUGGGUAUAUUUAAUGAAUGGCCCCUUUAUAGGAAUCCAUUAUUCUAUACAAAUAUAUGA